CCGUGUUUUGUUUACAGUGGUGGCCCAGCGGCGAGAGAGGGAGGGCAGACGCACGCACCCCGGCCACGCAACAUGUCGGAUUCAGGCGCCUCCCCGGCCAAGAUGAAGAAGCUCGACCCCGCGGCGGGCAGCGAGGGGUCCGGCGAGGCGAGGGAGUACGACCCGGAGACACAGCGGGCCCUGGAGGAGAUCGACGCGUGCCAGAACGAGAUUGACCAGCUGAACGAGAAGGCGAGCGAGGAGAUCCUGAAGGUGGAGCAGAAAUACAACAAGCUCCGGAAACCCAACUUCGAGAGGCGCAGCAAGAUCAUACAGCGGAUCCCCAACUUCUGGGUCACGGCCUUCGUCAACCACCCUCAAAUCUCUGCCAUCUUGGAGGAGGAGGAGGAAGAGUGUCUCCACUACCUCAGCAAACUGGACGUGGAGGAGUUCGACGACAUCAAGUCUGGAUACAGAAUCAAAUUUUUCUUCGACGAGAACCCGUACUUUGAGAACGAAGUCUUGACGAAAGAGUUCCACCUCGGCUCCACAGGUGUUCCAGCCUCACACUCGACGGAGAUCAAGUGGAAAGAUGGCCACAACCUACUCCACCGGUUUAGGCAGCGGAUGCAACAGCAGCAGCAGCAGCAGGCCGGGGGCGAGCGGGGCGGCGGGGCGAGGAAGCGGCCCCUGGAACUGAGGUCAUUCUUCUCAUGGUUCUGCGACCACGGCGACCCCUCGGCGGACGAGAUAGCGGAGGUUAUCAAGGAUGACAUGUGGCCCAACCCCCUCCAGUACUUCCUGGUUCCCGACAUCGAGGUUGAGAACGGGGAGGGCGAGGAGGAAGAGGAGGAGCUGGAGGAGGAGGAGGUGGAUGACAACGUGGUGGUGGUGGAGGAGGAGAUCGAGGAGGUGGAGGAGGAGGGCCCUGAGGAAGAUGAUGAGGAGGAUGAGGAUGAGGAGGAAGGGGCUGGUGAAGAGGACGGAGAAGCAGACGAGUGAGGGAAGGGAAGGUGAAGGAAGAGAGAAAGAGAGAGAGAAAACCCUCCAGUACCACCACCACUACAUCACAACACAUCCUGAGAGAGAGAGAGAGAGAGAGAGAGAGAGAGAGAGAGAGAGAGACCUAAUCUGUUCACAAAAGAAUGCUGUGUUUGUGUGGUGUAGUAUCUGCUGUUUUAUAUUACUUACAUUUUUGUGUGUGUCUGUAUUUCUGAGUGGGUGUGUAUGCACGUAUUUGUAAGUGAGUGUGUGUGUGUAUGUAUGUAUUUUUGUGUAUGUGUGUGUGUGUUUUGUGUUUGAUUUUGUAUUAGUUUACAAAAUUUUGGAUAAUUUUAAUAUUUAACCCUCCUUUCUCUCUCUCCCUCACACACGCACACAGCCCCUCACUGUAUGUUCCCCCCCCUCUCUCUCUCUCUCUCUCUCACAGCACAGCACACAGGACCCCACAGGAUGUCACCCCACAGUAUGUUCACAAACCCCACAGACACAGCCCCCCCAGAUACACAAUUACCUCCCACUCUCUCUCUCUCUCUCUCUCAGCCGGCAUGUUUCACCCCCACACACUCCCUGCCAACACACAGUUUUCUACCACUGCAUUGUGACGAGAGGAAGAGAUAAUGUGGUUAAUGCUAAGAUAAUGAAGAUGAUGAUGAUGGUGUAUGAUCAUUCCUAACCAGUAAAGGACAAUUUUGU